UCACAAUAAAAAAAAAGUCCUCCAUCAAGUAAAGAAAAAUCAAACCGUUCCAGUGUUGCAGAGAUGAAAUUGGUGACUUGCUAAUGAAGGUCGGUGAGAGCGUCGGUGUCGAAAGCGUAGGAAUCAAUCAGAUGCAUUCAAAUAUCAAACUCAAAACUUGUUACGGAAGUUUGAGAGAACAAGCAAAUAAUGUAUAAUUAUUAAUUAGUUUAUUGUUUUUGCAGCUGAAAUAGGCGCAUGUCAUGGGUUUUACCUUUUGCAAUUCAAACUCACACACCAAAAUCAAAAACUCUUUCCACCAUAUUAUUAUUCUCACAACAACUUAGAAUUUAAUUACCAUUAGUCAUGCCUCUAUCAAGAUUUUUACACUUUUCAUCUAAACAUCGUUCCACUCGCGAAGCUCUCGCUCUUAUUCUUCUUCCAAGGCGUGUUCCUUCUAAUACAACUCAAUUCGUUAGCUAUACAAAAUCUACAAAACAUGAGGAAACAAGACAUGAUCUUCAUCCUGUAUUUUCUGCACAAUCGGAGUCUUCUCGCUCAUGGGGAGCUUAUGCUGUUUCAGCUGUUGUUUUAGGAUUUGCUGGGUUUGCGGCUUUUUUUCAUUAUAACGAUGAGAGGAGAGCUGUUCCAAAAGGUCACCAGGGAGAUAGCCGCAGUAGAAAUAUAGUCAGUGGACCCAUAAUUGGUGGUCCCUUUACACUGGUUAAUACAGAGAAACAAACAGUUACCGAACGUAAUUUUCUUGGUAAUUGGGUCCUCCUCUACUUUGGAUAUACCUCAUCCCCUGAUAUUGGGCCAGAACAAGUUCAACUUAUGGCUAAGGAAAUUGAUAUCUUAGAAUCCAAGCAGAAUCUUAAAAUUCUACCAGUCUUUGUUACGAUUGAUCCUCAACGUGAUACUCCCUCACAACUUCGCGCGUACCUUAAAGAGUUUGACUCAAGAGUAAUAGGAUUAACUGGACCAGUUGCAGCUAUUAGGCAGAUGGCACAAGAAUACCGUGUUUAUUUUAAAAAGGUAGAAGAGGAUGGUGGUGAUUAUCUUGUGGACAGUUCUCACAACAUGUAUUUGUUGAACCCUAACAUGGAGGUUGUGAGAUGCUUCGGAACCGAGUAUAAUGCAGAGGAGUUGUCAGAAGCAAUAGGUAAAGAGAUGAGCAAAAAACCCUCUUGAUGCUUUAGAGUAGAAAUUUUGUGCUUAAAUUCAUUACUGUUCUAAAAAAACCCUCUUGAUGCUUUAGAGUAGAAAUUUUGUGCUUAAAUUCAUUACUGUUCUAAGGGCCGACAUUUUCAAGCUGUUGCAUAACAAGAAUUUAUUUUCCAUUUUUAAAAGUCUUGAUUUUUAGUUAGUGAUAUCAAUUCUUUCAAGAAACUAGUUUUUCGGAAAUCUCAAUUGUCAAUUGGAUGUUUUA